GGCGAUGUCUUCACCUUUAUGGCCGCCUAUCACAUCGUCAAGGGAACGCCCGCGGAAUUUGCACUUCCAGCUAAAAAAGGCGGAAAGGCGCACUACAAUUCUGCCUCAAGAGGCAACCGUACGGCCUUUUUUUGCAUAAAAGACAUCGCUGCUGAGACAGUCGAUGAUAAUUUCGAAAACAACGUGGAACAGUGUCGUCGUCCAAUGACACCGACAGAAUGCGUGCCUGAAAUAAGUAUCAGCCUCAGUAUAACCUUCAAGGUUGCCGAAAGGGCGUUCAACACAGUAAAAAGAAAAGAACCUUGGAAAGUCGCGAAAAAUUCGGUUGUCCAAAAGGUCCGUUUGGAUGGCCAGUUCCCAUACGAGUUCAUCCUACCAAUCGCCGGCGAUCGUGAGGAGGUAGCACUCUCUUUUUUCGCAAAAUCGGAGGAAGCGAGGUCCAGCUGGAUGCGUGCGGCGAUCACAGUCUUAGACAAUCUCUUUCCGCCUGGUGCCAGGGACAAUGGUUACCAUUUUGAAAUGAACACCUUUAAACAAACCACCUAUUGCUACAUUUGCAGAAAGCUUCUUCAGGGCUGUUUCUACCAAGGCUACCGCUGCAGAGAAACUGGCAUUGCAGCCCACAAGGCUUGUCUUCAGAAGGUUUCCCAGUGUUUGCCGCCUCGGUAUCCUGCUGUAAUACCACCGGCUCCACCGUUGCCUCCGCCGGUAGUCAACUGUUCAACGCGUGGCCGUGGCGGUCCGCCAUUUCGACAGAUUAAUGGCAACAGCCCACUGGGCGGCAAUCCUCGACACUCCAUCCAUGGUCUGCCGACUGCCAAACACCUUAUUGCCCUCAGUCUCCUCCUCUAG